AUGAUCUCCCAAGAAGACGUACCCCAUAGUGCAAACCAAUCUCCGUCAUUUUCAUCACUACCACACGAAAUCGUUGUGAGUUGCUUAGCCCACGUCUCCGGAUCGUACUACCCAAUACUCUGCCUCGUAUCAAAGCAAUUCCGCUCAAUCAUCUUAUCAGACGAGCUCUACAAGGCAAGAUCUCAGCUUGGGACUAAAGAAACCCGCCUCUUCGUAUUGCUAAAAUUGCCAACUCGUUCUGAUCCUUGUUGGUUCACUCUUUGGAUAAAACCUAAUCAAACCCUAACCAACAAUAGCCCGCGGAUCAAGAAAAAGCCUACUGGAAAUUUACUGGUGCCGUUGCCUUCAUCGUACAAUUAUCAAGCACCAAUACCCUGUAUGACUGUUGGUUCAGAAACCUACAUAAUUGGUGGAUACGAUGCUCCUUCCUCCUCUGUGUGGGUAUAUAGAAAUAGGAGUCUUCACACCCUGCGUAAAGCCCCUAGCAUGUCCAUGGCCCGGAACAACGCAGUGGUUGCUGGCAUUUAUCCUAAAAUAUAUGUAAUGGGAGGGUGUGCGUCAGAUGAAUCCAUGAAUUGGGCGGAAGUUUUCGACAUAAAGACUCAAACAUGGGAACCUUUGCCAGACCCUGGUCCAGAGGCCCGUGGACAUUGGGUUAGGAAAAUCCAAAUUCAUCAGAAAAAGAUUUACCUUUGUAGCGAGAAGAAGUAUUAUAUUUAUGAUACUCAAGAAGGUAGAUGGGACGUUGAAGAUAAAGUACUCUUAAAUUACAGUGUGUGUCUGAUUGAUAAAGUACGUUAUAUUUAUCAUAACAAAAAGUGCUGGUGGUUGGACACGAAGUCUAAAUACUGGAGAAUGAUUAGAGGUGUGGAUUUUUUAAAUAAGUUCGGUGAAACAGAUAGGGUUGAAAUAGUUAACUUUGCUGGGAAACUCGUAAUGGUAUGGGACAGAUUUACGCUUUCUAAACGAAACAAGAAAAUUUGGUUUGCGAUGAUUGCUCUUGAAAAGUGUCGUGGAGGUGACGAAGUCUGGGGCAAGAUUGAAUGGGUUGAUGAUGUGCUUAUGGUCCCUUUAUCAUAUACCUUCUUGGAUUGUAUGGCGGUAUCGAUAUAA